GUUCGCCGUGCGUGGCAAAGUUGUAGUGAAUGUGCCACGUCUGCUAGGAUCAGGGAAUCAUGAACGUGCCAGAGGCCGUUGUCCUUAAGCCUUCAACUAUAUUCCUAGCUCUAUGAAGUGGGGGGUCCUUUCUCUGUUUUUGUGGGAACUUCUUUCCAGCUCCAGCAACAUGAGGCUUUUCUUGUGCAACGCGGUGUUGACGCUGUUGGUCACUUCUUUGAGCGGGGCUCUGAUCCCUGAACCAGAAGUGAAAAUUGAGGUGCUCCAGAAACCUUUCAUCUGCCAUCGCAAGACCAAAGGGGGGGAUUUGAUGUUGGUCCACUAUGAAGGUUACUUAGAAAAGGAUGGCUCCUUAUUUCACUCCACUCACAAACAUAACAAUGGUCAGCCCAUUUGGUUUACCUUGGGCAUCUUGGAGGCUCUCAAAGGUUGGGACCAGGGCUUGAAGGGAAUGUGUGUAGGAGAGAAGAGAAAGCUCACCAUUCCUCCUGCCCUGGGCUAUGGAAAAGAAGGAAAAGGUAAAAUUCCCCCAGAGAGUACACUGAUAUUCAACAUCGAUCUCCUGGAGAUUCGGAAUGGACCAAGAUCCCAUGAGUCAUUCCAAGAAAUGGAUCUUAAUGAUGACUGGAAACUCUCUAAAGCUGAGGUGAAAGUGUAUUUAAAGAAGGAGUUUGAAAAGCAUGGUGCAGUGGUGAAUGAAAGUCAUCAUGAUGUUUUGGUGGAGGAUAUUUUUGAUAAAGAAGAUGAAGACAAAGAUGGAUUUAUAUCUGCCAGAGAAUUUACAUAUAAACAUGAUGAGUUAUAGAGAUACAUGUGCCCAUUUUAUAUGGCAUGCAUCCUUAAAGACAGGACAACCAUUUUUUCUUAAAAUGUCUUACUUUUAUAUAAUGUGCUGUUCUUGUUCUGUUGUUUAUUUUUAUAUAUUUUUCUGACUAUUAUUUGAAGAAGCCUUUAAGAUUCCUAAGUGCCCAUUUCUUUCUGGUGAGUUAUUGGGAAGAAAAAAUUAAUUUGUCUUUAAUAGAAGACUUCUGGACCAUUUUCCACUUUCACACAUGAAGCCUUCUGUUUUACUUAUUUACUUGUAAUUUUAAAAUAGCGCAGCUGGGAGCAUGUCCAACAUAAGACCAGGUUGUAGCACGAAUUAGCUCCCCCUAUCUACUUCCCUCUAUUUUCUCCAAGUUAGACACUAACAUUUGAAAAGCCAUGUGCAAUAUCCAGGGCUUACUAUUUUCAUGUUAUAAUGAAACAGUGUGUCUGUGACUGCCUUUGAGUCUGCUUACCCAAAGAGGAAAUGGUUGUUGAGCUGGCCUUGUUAGAAGUUAGUGCUCUACUGAGGAGAUGUGCAAUGCUGAAGUGAGUAACAAAGUUAAUGACUUAUAAAUAUGUAUACAUUGAAACCUUCUACGCAGGACUUAGCUGUAUAAGGUUCCAUUCCUAUAGACUGAUAACCUAUAAUGGUUGAUAGGACAAAUUAUUUAUGUCUGGUUCUUUGUAUUAAUGUGUCAAAAUUUUGUAACUGAGGAAGAGUAUGUUUAGUUAGUGUUUAGUUUUUAAGUCUAGCCAAUGACCUUUCCUGAUUUACUAAUGAAUAAAGUCUGUAACUAGUGUAUUAUACUACAAUAACAUUAUAUCAUGAGGGAGAUUUAUUUCCCUCCUGAUAUUUCCCAUUUCUGCUUACAAAAAUAUGACACACUCCCACAGCAGCUACUAGUGCAUAGAAAUCUGUCCUGGGUCAAAAAAUGGAUGAUUUUCUAAUUUUACCUGAAAUUAGCUUUUAUUCUUAUUACUUAGAAAAAGCCUCCAAAUCUUCAUUUACUAAGAAUAGUUCUUUAUUGUUUAUAAAGUGA